GCCUGGGGAGCCAGGCGUGGUGUUCCGCACUCGAAGUCUGCACGCGGCGGAAAAAAUGGAGGACUCCGCUUCAACACCACCCGCAGCCUCAACCGCCACCCCAGCCUCAGCCGCAACCCCAGCCUCGACCUCAGCAACCCCGGACGCACUAGGGCAGCUGGAUGAAGAGCAGACCAGAAAGGCAGUGAAAACUCUGUUGGCGCAUUCCAGGUCCAGGAAAAACGCGAAUGGAUUGCUUUUGAAUGAGAAUGAAAAUUUCUUUUUAAUGGUGGUAUUAUGGAAAAUUCCAAGUAAAGAACUGAGGGCCAGAUUGCCCUUGCCUCAUGGUAUUCGAUCAGAUUUAGCAGAUGUCUGUCUGUUUACUAAGGACGAACCCAAUGUAACUCCUGAAAAGACGGAACGUUUUUAUAAGAAGCUUCUAAACAAGCAUGGAAUAAAAACCAUUUCUCAGAUUAUCCCCCUCCGAACUUUAAAAAAGGAGUAUAAAGCCUAUGAGGCCAAGCUCCGCCUCCUGGGUAGUUUCGACUUGUUCCUUUCUGAUGCAAGAAUCCGGCGGCUCUUACCCUCACACCUCGGGAGACAUUUCUAUAAGAGAAAGAAAGUUCCAAUACCUGUCAAUCUGAAAGCCAAGAAUCUUUCCCAAGAAAUCAACUCCUCAAUAGGUGGAACUGUCUUAAACAUCUCUAAAAGUGGUUCUUGCAGCACUAUCCGCAUCGGUCACACUGGAAUGCAGGUUCAGCACAUCACCGAAAACAUUCUUGCUGUUACGAAAAAGCUUUCACAGAAAUUGCCAGAGAAGUGGGAGAGUGUGAAACUCUUGUAUGUGAAAACUGAGAGAUCAGUUGCCCUUCCUAUCUUUUCUUCAUUUGUCAGCAGUUGGGAUGAAGCUAAAGGAGUGAAUAUUUCUAGUCUGAAGAAACAAGAAGCAAAGAAAAUAUUAAAACUAAAAGAAAAAACGAGACGAAAGGAGAAAAGAAACAGAAAGCCUAUGAAACGGGGUAGAAAGUCUACACCAGCCCUACCUACAGAGGAGACGGCCUCUAAAACUUGUGGUUCUCCAGUGAAGGACCCUGGACCCCAGAAGAAAGAGACCCCUAAGCCUGAGAAGAAAGAGACCUGCAGAAUAAAAACCAAAAAUAAAGUGCAAGUUGAAUCUGAAGAAGAAAUCCCGUUGCUGGUCCCAAUAGGAGAAGCUCCUGCCAAAGAAAAUGUAGAGAUGCAAAAACAUGCCACAGGAGAGAACUCUCCAGUAAAGAGUCCUGGUUCCAACCCACCUCGUGGGAAGAAGAGAAAGGCCUUUCCAGCUUUGGAGAUGCCGAAAGCACCAGAGCCCAAGACCCCAGGUAAAGGCCCAGGGAAGAAGCCAAGAGUCAAAGAAGAAGUGGAGAAGCAAAGAAACUCUCCUUUGGGGAAAAAAGACCCAAGACAGACGCCCAAAAAGCCAGAGGCCAAGUUCUUCACUACAGCUAAUAAAUCUGCAAGAAAAGCUUCCCACACCCCCAAACAGUGGCCCCAAAAACCCAAAGUGCCCCAGCCGACCUAAAGUCAGUGACUUGGCCAGGAGGAAACAUCAGAGCUGCCUGGAAAGCUUUUGAAAAAUACCUGGGGCCUGACCCCGGCCACAGCCUUCUCCAAGAGUGAGACCUGGACUUAAAACCUCACCAGUGAUUCUGAUGCAUGUUUGUGGGUGUAAGAACCAGUAGUUUGAAUCCAUUUUUUAAAUUGUUCUUUCAUGUAUUAGCUAAUAUAAUAGAAAUUACAGUGCUUUUAUUAAGUGUAACAUUUGCUCCUGAGUAAACUAUUCCAGAUCUUGUUAGUUUUACUUGAAUGCCUAUGAUAUGACCUUUUCCUUAUCUGGCUCCAGAACAGCAGUUUGUGCAAAUAUUUCCAAAGCUUGUCUUCAAGUCAGUGGUGGGCUCCCUGCAUGCAAAUCAACUGUGGAAUUUAUGGAACAUCUCAGGUUUCUUGGCCCAUCAUGCGGAGCUGGUAUAUCUCAGUGGGUCUUAGGUGGUGGUUGGCCAAGGUUAUAAACCACUGAGUUAGCAUAUGUUUGGUGAGAAAAAUUAACAUGGCAUCAUUUAUAAAGGCACCAAAUUGAAUCCUGCCUUCUAGAGGCAAGUACAUACUUAACCUCCUUCAGCCUUCCAAUCUUCCUGCAGAUUACUCCUCACCCUAUAUAGAGUUACUUAGAUUUGGCACCUCUCUGAUAGGAAACCUGGAAGUGGAGACUGUUAAAUUUGGGUGAUUAUUAAAUAUAUGCUGACUUCUCAGGUGCACAGCCUUUCAGUGGGUAUGAGUUGGGGGUACACAACACUAGUAGGAAGUGAUGGGUUCACUGUAGUAAGGGAAGGUCAGCAAUGAAUAGAAGUGUGUGUGGUAGGGGUUUAGCUUAAUUGAAACAUUUUCCAUGGAGACUAGGUUCUGUGGGAGAGUGUUCAGGUAGACUCACUUCAUUUACUCAAAGGUGAAGAUUUAAGUGCUGUUUUGCAUAGGGCAAAGAAACAUAAUCAGAUGUGGUUUAUGUGACAAUUUUCUGGGGUUUUAAGUUUUCCUAAUUCCAUCCUCUAGCCAAAUAAAAGACUUUAUAGCACCAAGUGAUCUUACAUAUAGGCAAUUCUUAGAAGUAGGUGUUCUGUUUUUGUGUGUGUGUUUUUAAGAAUUUUUAUGAAUUUCCUUGAGCCAAACUAAUGACAUGCUGGGAGACUAUCUCAAAUGCUCCCUUCUGUUUUUUGUUUUUAAGACUUAAAAUUUUUAGAGCAGUUUUAGGCUCAUAGCAAAAUUAAGAUAGAGAGAUUUCCCAUUUCCCCCUCCUGCGCACAUGCACAGCUACCCCCACAUCAACAUACUCCAACCAGAGGGGUACAUUUACAACUGAUGAGCCUACCUUGACACAUCACUAUUAGCCAAAGUCCAUAGUUGACAUUAGGGUUCACGCUUAGUGUUACACAUUCUAUGGGCGAAGUAUAGUAACAUGUACCCACCAUUAUAGUAUACAGAGUAUUUUCACUGCCCUAAAAAGUAACCUGUGCUGCACCUAUUCAUCGCUCUCACCCCCUCUCCAGAGCCCCUGGCAACCACUGAUACUGUUACUGUCUAUAGUUUUGCCUUUUCCAGAAUGUCAUAUAGUUGGAAUCAUACAGCACGUAGCCCUUUCAGACUGGUUUCUUUCACUUAGUCAUAUGCACUUAAGAUUCCUCUAUGUCUUCUCAUGGCUUGAUAGCACAUUUCUUUUUUGUGCUAAAAACAUAUUGUCUGUCGUUUUUGGCAAUUAUUAAUAAAGCUGCUAGAAAUAUC